AUGUCAACCAGCACGAUCGCCCUCUGUAGCAUUAUCAAGAUCGAACCUCCUGAAAACAAAUACAAUUUCACUAUCUUCAUUAUGCCUGCAAAUUCCAGCAAACUCACCGACCACCAGACUUUUGCACUCGCCCAUAGUGCUCAAUGUAAGCUGAACAUGUCAGCGCGUCAUCCAGACCGUAAUCUACGCUUUCUACUUGGGCAUGCAUUUCUCCUUGACAAGGCGCUAUAUCGGGUUGCGGAAAUCGAGGAGACGCAAGAUUCUGAAGCUCCAAUAGCGAGCAAGAAGGAGCGUCUCGUGGAGAGCAAGGAAGCGUUGGCUACGCCACGACAAGACGCGGCAAGAGAAAGGCUUGCGGCCGAUGACGAGGAUGAUACCGCGGUGGACGAGGAUGCUGAAGCUGGCCUUGGAUUGACGCGCUUUGCUUCUGCCUCUGAAAUGCCACCAAGGAUGGUAUCAGAUGAGGGUGGGCCCGAAGAUGAGGACGAGGGGCCACGUUCCCCGCCGUCUCUGCCAGAAGACUUUGAUGUAGGUGCGUUGAUUCAAGCGGGUGCCAGUGACGUCUUGAAUGGGCUCUAUGAAUCCGUCCGAGGCUGUCCUUGUCAUGCAGGCCUUGCCGAGAAGAGCAAAGGCUUUUGGGAGAUUGAAAACCCUUCGGGUAAUGACAUUCCAAAGAAAAGACUUGCGAUUAUGCAGAUAGAAGCGUAA